AUGGCGGUGUCGAAACCCAAGAAGCAGUCCUGCCUGCACGGGUUGUCCGUCCUCCCCAUGGGCGUGGCUGUUGGACAUGCAUCAGUGACAGGGGGGUCGCGAUGGAUGAUAUGGGUUUCCGGUUGCGAGACUUCAGGUCUUGGGGGGCUCACAGUGUGGGGACCUUGCAAGCACACGAUUUGGGUUGAACUGAAGCUGACGGAGCUGACGGAGCUGACGGAGCUGACGGCGGGGGAGAGCUUGAGGAGACAAAGAGGGAGAAAAAAAGACAACAACAAAGGCAAAACCCACUCUGCCGUCCCGAUUGGAAGGGCCAGGCAAUCACUUGACACACCGGUCAGCUCCACCCGCCGCCAAAGCACGACAAAGGUGCAGUGCAGUGCGGUGCGGCCAGCUGGAUCACAGCCCGGCGACAGAACAGCCAGAUCACAGAGCAGGGACGGCUCCAACGACGGCGUCACUGCCAGCACCACCACAACCAGCAGUAGCAGCAGCACCACCACCACCACCACCCGCUCGCCCGUCGCGCACAUACACACACCUGCCGGCAGCAGAACGCUGGACUGA